GCGGCUAUCCGCUUUCCCGUUCAGGGCUGACUCAGGCUACGGUACUUCAAACCACUGCAAUGUUAGGAAGGCUGAGUCGGCGAUCGUGUUCAAACACUUUGGAAACCAUGAGUCUUUCCAUUAACGAGAAGAUCCUGCGGGAAUGUCACUUGCUGUACAUGGAUUCUGAGUGCGGUAUAGUGCGCAUCGCCAGCCAACUGGAUCUAGGUCUCUUAGCCCCAAGGAAGAAAAUCAUAGUAAUGCUGAUGGGAAACCAUUCGGCCGGCAAGAGUUCAUUCAUCAAUUGGUACAUUGAAGAACAUAUACAGAAAACGGGAGUUGCAACAGAAACACAAGGAUUCACUUUUAUUACCAGUGGUAAGAAAAGAGAAUCGCUCACGGGCAAAGCUACACUCCAUCUCUAUCCACAUUUCCAAAAGCUGGAACAGAUUAAGGGUUUAGAAGAAUACCUGUCUACAGAGGUCAGCACUUCCAAGCAGAAGAAGUUUAAUUUAGUGAUCUUUAUCGAUACCCCAGGACUUGUUGAUGGAGACAUGACUUAUGACUUCGAUGUUGACAAAGCGCUUAUCCAACUGGGUGAACAGGCCGACUUAAUCUUUGUCUUCUUUGACCCAAUGGGUCAAGCCCUGUGUAAACGGACGCUGAACGUUGUGGAAAAGCUGAAUGAGAAUCAAGGUGAUAAGAUAAAGUUUUACCUCAGCAAAGCGGAUGAAGCUGGUCCUGAGACUGAUAGACAGAGAGUGAUGAUGCAAAUCGUACAAGAACUGUGCAAAAGACCGGGACUGAGCAAGUGCGGCUUUGAUAUGCCAACCAUUUACAUCCCAGAUCCAGACACACCAUCGCGUUGCGUGAAUCAGAUUCAGGAGGUAUGCGCAACCAUAGAAAAAACAAUAAACCGAACUGUUCAAAACACGCUGAACCAGCUUGAGAAAGACUGCGGACUCGUCAUUCAGGCAGCCCAGCAGCAACUAAAGAAGAACAGCGAACACAAAUCAAAGAACAGGGAUGUCUGGAUUAAGCGUGCAUUCUUCAGUUCUUUGGCAUUCCUGGUUCCACUAUCACUGUUGACAAGUUUCAUAAUUUCCAACAUAUCAAGAGAAUUUCUUGUCGAUUUCAUUGGAGAGGAAGUAGCCAAAAGUUUGCUGAUCUGGGCGUGGAUUGUAUCUACUACAUGGAACUGGCUAACUGGAGGCAGCUGUGUCUUGGCUGUAAUUGUUCUGAUUGGAUUCAUAAUCAUUUCGAUGCUUCUUUCAAAAUGUUAUUCCAGCACCAAACCUACUCUAUCAAGGAAGGAGCGAAAUAGACUGCAGGCGAACCUUGACUAUGUCCAGUCUGUCAUUGUUGAGAAAAAGGUGCAACUCCAAGAGAUGUAUCUCUCCCAAUGUGUGACUGAGCAGGAUUUAAGCUAAAGCUGGCCAAAAUAGUGAAACUUGGGAAAGUACUUUACUUGAGAAAAUAGCGAAGAUGCUUCUAUCUAUUUUGCUCGUAAUUCAUGGCACUUCUUGCUGAGCUGAAUGAUCAACUGGAAUUAAACAGCCCAGUUAAUUGUUGCAGACUUUAAUGACCGUAGGAUCACUGCCUUUCCAAUUAUCCGCCCCUCUUAUCCCAAAUAAUUCCCACUCCCACCAUUUCUUUUGACCACGACACAUGUUUUCUAAAUAUUUUGUCGGCACUUAAAGAUCAUUUGAAGUGCUUCCCGUAACGGUCCAGAUAUGCAGGCAUUUACUCCUUUUCAGUGCAUACAGGAGUACUGGUUUUAAUUAUUUAUGAAAGCAGCCAUAAAGUAUCUUCAUUUAUAAACUGCCUGUAUCUCA